UUUUUUUUUUUUCCAAUAACAACUCAAAACCGCGUUUUUUUUUUAAAAAAAAAUGGAUAACAAAAAGCAACCCACCGAAAAAGAAUUAAAGGACUUGGUAAAGAAGGUUGACAAGUUGGUUUCCAAGAAGAGUGUUAAGGAAGCACUUCAGACACCUUCUGGUUCAUCGUCCAACCCUGAAGCUGAAGCAAAGAUGAAGGCACAACUUCAACAAAUGAUGGCCAGCAUGGCGUUAUUGGAAAAGUCAGGCAUGGUCAAGACUACCGGUAAAAAGGAUGUCGGAGACCACAAGUUCUGGAACACUCAACCCGUUCCCAACAUUGAUGAGGAAAUCGUCGAAUCAGGUCCUAUUGAAGCUGAUAUUCCCUUUGAUCAAAUCAAGAAGGAACCUCUUCCUUUACCUAAAGAGUUUGAGUGGUGUGAAAUCAAUAUGGAAGAUGAGAAAGAGGUCAAAGAGCUCUAUGAACUUUUAACAAUGAACUAUGUUGAGGAUGACGAAGCUCAAUUCAGAUUUGAUUAUUCCGCAGAAUUUUUAAAAUGGGCACUUUUACCUCCCAACUGGAGAAAGUCAUGGCUCGUUGGUAUUCGUGUUGCCGCCAACAAGAGAUUGGUUGCUUUCAUUAGUGGUAUUCCCGUCGCCAUGAGAACCUAUGAGAAGGUUCAUAAUUUGACAGAAAUCAACUUUUUAUGUGUUCACAAGAAGCUUCGAUCAAAGCGUUUAGCUCCUGUUCUUAUCAAAGAGAUCACUCGUAGAAGUCACAUCGAAGGUAUUUUCCAAGCCGCUUACACAGCUGGUGUUGUUAUUCCCAAACCUAUUGCUACUUGUCGUUAUUACCAUAGAUCACUUAACCCCAAGAAGCUUGUAGAAUGUAAUUUCUCCCGUAUUCCCCCCAGAUCUACUUUAUCUCGCAUGAUUAAGAAUUUCAAAGUACCCGAAAAGACAAGCACUGCAGGUUUAAGAGAGAUGCGCAAAGAGGAUGUACCUCAAGUCCGAGUUUUAUUAAACAAGUACUUGACAAGAUUCGAUUUCGCCCCCGUUUUCGAGACUGAUCAAGAUGUUGAGCAUUGGAUUUUACCUCACGAGAAGGUUGUUUGGAGUUAUGUUGUAGAGGAUCCCAAAACCAAAAAGAUCACAGAUAUGUUCUCAUUCUAUUCUCUUCCAAGUUCCGUGAUUGGUAACCCCAAGCAUUCUACUUUGAACGCUGCUUACAUGUUCUACUAUGCUAUGGAAAUCGAUGAAGCACUUGAGCACGAACAAAAGGAAAAGUUCAUAUCCAAGAGAUUAAACGAGCUUGUGAACGAUGCUUUGGUUUUGGCCAAAAAGGCUGAUUUCGAUGUUUUAAACACACUUGAUUUAAUGGACAAUGCAAAGUUUGUCGAUGAACAAAAGUUUGGUAACGGUGAUGGUUACUUGAAUUACUACUUGUACAACUACAAGUGUCCUGAUGUUUCCAGAAAUAAGGUUGGAUUGGUGAUGCUCUAAAUAAGAUAGUGGGUUUUUUUUCCCAAUUCGUUCGUUUUCGCGAAAACAAAUAACAAUAAUAAAUACAUGACCCGGUUGAUUAUAUAUAAAAAGAGU